AUGAAGACUCGUGGGGUUGUUGUGGAUCAGAUGACGAGGAGGACAGUGAAGACGAUGAAAGCGAAGAUGAGGACGAAGCCAACGAGAAGGAUACUGUCUAAAGGUCAGCGAGGGGAGGUGCGUGAAAUUAAAGACAAAAAAGUAGCUGUUAUUUUUUAUGCAAGCGGUGAAAGUGAUGGGAAAAGCUCGGAACUACCAGUCCAUUGGCUUGCUGCAAACCACAUCGAACAUGAUACAGAUGCUCAAACUCAUGAUUGUUAUCUUGCCAUGGAUGUGCUGUGUGAGGUUCUGGAGUCUCACCCAUCAAUAAUUGUCUAUUUUCCGGAUCAUUUUAGUUGGUUGCCAGAGAGAUCUUUCUGGAGCUUCUGGAGAGCACGUGAGGAGUUUUUUGGCAAGGUGAAAGAGAUGUUUGAUCAAUUACCAGAACGUAAGGUUCUGAUUUACGGGCAAAACAAAUCGGUGCCUGGAUCAGAAGAACUUGAGUGUAUUUUGAAGGGAAUAACUACGGAAGUAAAGGACACUUGGCGCAGGCGAGAAGAAGAGAAAGAAAAGUGCAAGCCAUUUCCCAACAUUAUAAGUAUAAUGCCCCCAAAGGAAAAAGAUGUCGUGAAGAAAUUGGGUUUACAGAUUCUUGAAGAUGAGAAAAAGAUGAUUUCUGAAAGAAAUAUAAGCGCAAUGCACAGGGUUUUCAAUGAGCACGAUUUGGUAUGCAAGGACCUGGAGCUUAUAGAUUCCAGUGGUUUGAUAUUGAAUAGACGAGAAGUGGAUAAGAUUGUUGGUUGGGCGACGAAUCAUCACCUCUCAUCAUGCCACACUCCUUCUGUUAAGAACGGCCGGUUGCAUAUGCCUAGAUCAAGCCUUGAACAUGCCAUUUUGAGAUUGAAGGAAUCCAAAAACAAGUUUUCAAAGUCUCCCAAGGAGCUUGCCCGUGGGGAGUAUGAGAAGAGCUUUCUUCCUUCUGUAGUUUCUCCGAAUGAUAUUGGUGUCAAGUUUGAUGAUGUUGGUGCCCUUGACGUAGUGAAAAAGACGUUGAAUGAACUUGUCAUUCUUCCAUUGAAAAGGCCUGAAUUUUUCUCUCGUGGAAACUUGCUUCGGCCUUGCAAAGGAAUGCUGCUUUUUGGUCCCCCUGGAACUGGAAAAACCCUUAUAGCAAAGGCUCUGGCUACCGAAGCAGGGGCCCAUUUCAUCAAUGUUACUCCUUCAUCCCUUGGAUCUAUGUGGUAUGGGGAAUCCGAAAAACUUACGAAGGCUCUAUUCACCUUGGCUGUCAAGUUGGCUCCUACAAUUAUUUUUUUGGAUGAGAUUGAUGCUUUGCUUGGUGCUCGUGGUAAACUUUACGAGAGUAGUGCAAUGAGAAAAGUGCGGAAUGAAUUUAUGUCAGGUUGGGAUGGAUUAACUUCAAAUGACAGCCAAAGAAUACUUGUUCUCGGUGCUUCAAAUAGGCCCUUUGACCUUGAUGAUGCUGUCAUUCGUCGCAUGCCAAGAAGGAUUCUUGUUGACCUACCAGAUGUGAAAAAUAGAUUGAAAAUACUGGACAUACUUCUAGCCAAAGAGGCUCUGGAAUCUGGGUUUGAUAUAAAAAAACUCGCAGAGGCUACUGAGGGGUAUUCCGGGAGCGACUUAAAGAAUUUGUGUGUGGCUGCUGCAUAUAUGCCUGUCCAAGAACGACUUGAACAAGAAAGCAAAUUACAGGGUGACAAGAAAGAUGGAGAUUCAGCAUUAAGACCUCUGAAGCUCGAAGACUUUAUUAAUUCCAUGGACACGGUGGGUCCCUCGGUUGCGUAUGAGUCGAGCAGUUUGGUCGAGCUGAGAGAAUGGAACGAGCGAUUCGGUGAAGCAGGAAGCAGGAGAAAAUCGAAGAAUUCACUGACCUCCAGUUGA